AUGGAGUUGAUCGUGGCCCUGCCCCUUAUCUAUUUGAUUCGCACCUCCACUCCAGAGUUCUGGAGCCCAUUUAGGUGGGCCUCUCUCAACAGGGGCUCCCAACCAUGCUUUUCUGACGUCUCAAGCCGCGGGACGGGGCGCGCCGCGCGCAUGGCGCAUGGCGCCCCGCCCGGCGCCGCCCUCGGCGCCGGUGAAGCGCCGAAGAGCGCAGAGACCUGGGCGAGGCAAUGGGGGCGCUUCGGAAUGAGCAAGGCCGGAGGGAUGGAUGGGACAAAGGUGCUGGCCCGAUUUUGGGCACGCAGAUAUGGUAGAGGUCGAGGUUUCACUCCUGGUCCACCUGGUGGCCAUGUCUGGAGACAUGGGCUUUUCUGGCUCCUUUGGAGUUUCACCUCCGUGGCGGCCACUCCGACGGUGGUCUACGUGCGAGUCCAAGCGGCCUCGGGGGAGACCACUGUGGCGGCCAAUGAGACCGUCGAGGACGUGCGGCUGGAUUCAGAGGUCCGUCUCAUUUUUGAUGAAGAUAUCAUCUUGCAUUCUGACGGCAAGGCAACCCUUUGGGACGGCACUAGCUACAGCAGCUACUCUCAAGGAGCUGGACUAGUGAUCCCUGCAGCAGAUCCCUCUCACCUGGUGCUGAACGAAGGCAACGCGGAUGCCAAUUUCCUCACGGAGUUUGUGGCGUAUUACCUCCGCCUGGAUCCCAACACCGUGCGGAGCGCCUCGGAUGGAUCUGCCUCCGUGACCUUCGAGUACUCCUUCUCGACUGGAGACUUUACUGCUCCAAUUCUUUCGUCUGUUUCUCCUUCCUACAGCGAGCCCAGUGCUCUGCCGGGCGUCGCGCCCAUCCUGACCUUCUCGGAGUCCAUCAGUGCAGCGGCCGAUACGGCCAAGGUCAUCAGUAUUCAGAACCUCUACACUGGCCUAAGCUCUGUCCUCACCUGCCGAAGCAAUUCAGUGGUCAUUGAAGAUAGCCGAGUCAGCAUCAAUUCGGGUGGCUUUAUUACCUAUUGCCAGCGCUACGAGGUCACCUACAGUGCAGGCUGCUUUCUUGAUGUGUCCCCUUCAGAAAAUGCCGUGGCAGCGCUUUCCAGCGGCACUUAUACCUUCGAGACCUCUUGCAUCACCUCGCUCAACCCUCCGAGCGAUGUGGAGACCUUGGCUCUCGACGGAUCCCUACAACUCACCUUCAGUGAAGCAGUUCAGCGCGGCACGGGGAGCAUCAUUUUGCUUCCCCUCAGCUUUGCUGAUGAGUACCGAGCCAUCCCAAUCCAUGACACGACACAGGUGUCCUUCGAUACAGCAAUGACGACGAUGACCAUCAUACCAAAUGAUCCCUUGCUUGCCUCGAGUGUGGCACAAAGCAACUGGUGUCGCAUCAACGCGAUGUCACUGAAUGACUGCAAGGGCCAGACGUGGGACAUCACCAUCGGAAGCUCCGUCCUACAACGCGUGACACCGACCACCUUGCUGGCGCAAGUGGAUCUGCUGCAACCUCUCCAAGCUGCUGGAUCAGCAGGACAGACCUAUAGGGUUCGAACCAAAGCAGCAGACGUGACGCCGCCAGUGAUCACGAUGGUCUCCACCCACGGCACCUCCGAGUCCUCGAUCCGCGUGACGCUGCGGCUGGAUGAGAGCGGCACUUCAUAUUGCCAAGCCUUUCCAGACGGCGCUGGUGGGCAGAAGCUCGGGGUGACCUUGGCAGAGAUCGGAACCUCCUUUUCCAGCAGCGCUGUUUUCAGUUCUUCUUGGGGCUAUGCUGAAAUGGACAUUGAUGUGACCGAUCUCGUCGCAAAGACCUACUACAACGUCUUUUGCUACGCCAAGGACCUGGAAGCGCCGGCGCCCAACGUCGUCACGGUGGGCGCGGCCCUGGCGACGCGCCAGCGGGUGCGCAGCAUGGACACCACGGCGCCCAGCUCGUCGAACUGCUCCGCACAGGCCGUGGCUGGAAGGGAAGAUGCCAUUGAGGUGACAUUGACGUUGGAUGAACCGGGCACUGCCUACUGCGCUCUGGUGCGUUCAGGGCUGGUGGCGCCGAGCCACUACGUGGUAACGGCUGCAGGCUUCAAAGCCAAUACGUCCUUCUAUCCACCCUACGAUGCCUCCAUGGUGGUGGACAUGUCUUCGGGUUCUACUGGACUGGCGCCACUGACGCGCGGGACGGACUACGACAUCUUCUGUCGGCGGAUUUCAUUCCAUACCGUCAUUUUUCCAGGCAACGGGCAAGGCGUCCCGCUGCAGUGUGGUCCCCCGGGGGCGGUGGGUGUGGUCCGUACUUUGGACCUCACCCCACCCCAGAUGUCCAUCACUGAUGUGGAGGUGCAGCCUGACUCCUUGUCCUCCGACUUCGAAGCGCUCAUCAAAGCGCAGUCGAGCAACUGCACGGACUCUUUUGGCAACGAGUGUGGCAGCUUUUGGGUCUAUGAUCUGGACGACCUGGAAGACUCUGCCGCUGAUGGAGUAUCCACACAGGCGGACUUCGACCACAGCAAGUGGAAGUAUCAAGAAGAUGUGUCCAUCCUUCUACUGAAUCUGGAAGAGGCCACAGAGUAUCCUUACAUCUACUGUUAUGCUGAAGAUGAUGAGGACGACGGUGUUGGAUCCAAUCCCAACAAGAUGACCUUCAACAGCAGCGCUCCGGCCAGUCAGAUCCUGGUGGUCCAAGAGAGCAUUGGCAGCGUGAAGACUUUGGAUCAGACGCCUCCAAGCUUCACUCUGCUGGAGAUCCAGGACCCCACCGCGUGGAACGACCGGAUCGAGGUCACCUUCGCCCUCAACGAGCCGGGCACGGCCUACUGCUGCGCCACGCGCUCCGACUCCGGAGAGACGGCACUGGAGAUGCACGUGAACCGGAUCAUUGCCGCCAACUGGGCUGCGGUCUACUCCAACAGCACUCAGACCAUCACCAUGACCAAGUUGGACAACGUGGAUCCCAGCUUAACGAAUCGCCAUGAUGAGGAUGUGUUCUUCGAAGAGGGCACCUUGUAUGACAUCUAUUGCUGGGCAAGAGAUUCGGCCAUCGACACCAAGGGCUAUAGCCGGCCCAAUUCCAUGACUCAGGAGUAUGUCGGCACUGAUGUCCUUUCGGCGAGUGCUCCCAGUGGUGGCCGCACAGGGCACGUCUGGGUGACAGAUAGCACACCACCGCAGAUGAUCUUGGUCGAUGCAGAAAGCUUGGACACCAGCAUCCAGGUGGGCGGCGACUUGCGCCUCGCGACGAACGGUUCCGAACGGUUCGGCGACGAAAGGAGCAGCGCCUCAAAGGAGCUUUGUGGGGACCACCGAAGGACUGACACGGUCACACGGUCACAUCGCCCGUGUCAGUUUGAUUUGACUGCCAAGAUGCUUGCCUUGACUGGCAAGAUGCGAGAAGAGCUUUGGGAAGAACCUGGAGCAAAAGACGAGUGGUUGGUGACGCUGCAGCUCAAUGAGCCGGGCACAGUUUGGUGCCAACUCAUGAGUCUUCAGGGGCCGAACAGCUCCAUUUGUGACACCUCCACCCUGCAGGACAACGACACUGCGGCCAGCUGUUACUACGAAAGUUAUAUCAAAGGCUCUGCUCCCUCUGCCUUUCGUGCGGAGGUGCCACAGGCCUAUCGCAACGUGCACCUGACACUGGAUCGUCUCCUCGACAGCAGCUUGACGUCCAGUGGGACGCUGGUGAGUGAGACCAGCUAUCAGGUUCUUUGCUACGCUGAAGAUGACUGGGACCUGCAGGCUUCGGGCCUGUCGGUGCUCGAGCGUUCGCCGCAGUUCGUGGCCCCUGGCGUGCCCAACCAGGUUUCGCUGAACGCUGUACAUGUGUUGCGGGACGCUAUUGGCAGCAAGACCACGCUGGAUAUUACAGCACCAAGUUUUACCUACUUGGCGAUCGAUGACCCUGGAGAUGGAGCCUCUAUUCUGGUGAGUUUCACCUUGAACGAGCCGGGCACGGUCUAUUGCCGAGCAACGAGAUCUGACUCUGGAGAGGGAGCUGCAGACAUGCAGGUGAUUCGCAUCAUGGGAGCUGGCUGGGCCAACACGCAGAACGGGAGUGAGGUGCCGUCGAACAUCACAAUGACCAAGUUGGAAAAUCUGGACCCCGCCUUGACGAACAGAGAUGACCUGGAUAUCUUUUUCGACCAGGCUCAUCAAUAUGAUGUGUAUUGCCUGGCGAAGGACGACGCCACGAAUGACGGAGGCACUCCUCGACCCAACCUGAUGACCACGAACUACAUUUGGUCAGAUGUGGUGCAACCCACCUCCCCUCAAGGAGGGCGUACGGCAGGAGUUUGGAUCGCCGACACCACACCGCCCACCAUGAUGUUUGUUCGGGGUGAGUCCAUUGGCCAGGAGGUGAUCCAACUGACGUUGCAGCUGGAUGAGCCUGGAACCAUCUGGUGUCAGGCUGCCGACGUCGUGGCUAGUGUCACCACAGAGAAUUGUGCAGAAGAUGAAGUGCAGGACCUCUCUCCAGACAGCCCCUGCUUCUUCGAGGACUUUGUGAAAGGGCAGAAUGACACCCAGUUCCGCAUGGAGGUGCAUGAAGCCUUUCGCGAUGUGAGCAUCGACAUCAACCGCAUUCCAACACGCAAUGCGACCAGCAGCACACCUCUGCAGCAUGAGACAGCCUACACGUUCUUCUGUUUUGCAGAAGAUGACUGGCCCACACAAGUCGCAGCUGCUUCCAACUCGGUGAACCUUCAAGCUCCAACAAGUCCCAACAAGGUGGAUUUGGCCGCUGCCAGGAUCCUUCAGUUGGCCAUUGGAAACUUGACGACCUUGGAUGAGGCCCCGCCGAGCUUCACGUCCUUGACGGCUGUGGACCCCACGGCCACGAACGAUCGGAUUGUGGUGACCUUCACGCUCAACGAGGCGGGGACCGCCUACUGCCGCCCCACGCGGCGCGACGCGGGUGCCACGCCGCUGGAGAUGACCGUGGACCGGAUCCUGAGCGCCGGCUGGGCGGCGACCUACGACGGCGACGAGGCGACGCUGGAGAUGACGGCGACGGUGCAGGGCGGAAGCGAAGCUGUGGUGGAGGCUCAGCAGUACGACAUCUAUUGCUGGGCGGAAGACCGUGCCGUGGACUCCCGAGGCUACGCGCGGCCGAAUUACAUGACGCACAGCUAUGCCACGACGGGCGUGGGGAACGGAAGCGUUCCAAGUGGUGGGAAGAUCGAAGCUGUUUGGGUCACAGACAGCACGCCCCCAUCCAUGCUCUUUGUGGCUGCGGAAGGGGUGAAGACUGAGGAUACCUUGCAGGUGGUCUUGCAGCUGAACGAACCUGGGACAGUGUGGUGCCAAGUAGCUGAACCUCUCACGGCUGCCAGCUCUGUCUACUGCCGGGAAGACGACAUCUCCUCCGAUCCUUCUGCUCAGUGCUAUUGGGAGACCUUCAUGAAAGGAUCGGUUGCGCUGGGCACCAGCUUCAGUGCAGAAGUCCCUCUGCCCUUCACCUACGUCCGCGUGGAAAUGAAUCGGAUCUGGCAGAAGGGGCUGACCCAAGGUGAUCCUCUCUUGCCGGAGACGGAGUACAAGAUCUUCUGCCUUGCUGAAGAUGAUUGGCCAUCCCAAGCCCAAGCCAGUGACCUCACUUCAGUCUAUUUCAAUGCAUCUUCCUUGUCGCCGCAGCGCAGCACCUUGCCCCAAGUCGUGGCUUUCAAGGACGCGGCGGGCACCAGGAGUACCCUGGACCUGAGCCCUCCGAACCUCACCGUGACCAGCGUGGGAACCACGGAGCAGCAGAUCACGGUGCUGGCGACCCUCUCCGAGCCGGGCACGGCCUGGUGCCGGGCGGUGCGUCGUGGCUUCGCCAUCCCCACCUUGCUGGAGAUUCUGGCGGCAGAUUUCAGCGUUCCUUUGCUGGUGGCGCCCUACAACGGCACUGUGACCAUGACCAGUGAGUCGGGUGUGGGUGCGGCGUGGUCUGUGCCACUGGUGCGGGGCACCGACUAUGAGGUCUAUUGCUAUGCCGAAGAUGACUCUUGCGUCGGCUGCCAACAGCCCUCCGGCAUCGACACGGCCGCCAUCGCUGCCACCCUGACGAGCGUCCGCACGAUGGACACCACCCCUCCGCAGCUCACUGCGGUGGAUCUUCGGUCCAUCGCCCGGGACACCAUUCAAGUGACCCUUCAGGCAGACGAAGGCUCGCGAGUGUGGUGCGCCGCGUGGAGCACUUUGUCAGAGAGCGACUUGAACGCCUCCAACUAUGAAGCAAACAUCAAGAACUGGGAAGGCACUUGCAAAGACUCUUGGGGCAGAGAUUGUGGCAGCUUUUGGGUUUAUGACAUGGAUGAUUUGGAGGACACCACGCUGGACGGCAUGUCCAGCGAAGACGACUACCGGCACUAUCAGACAUGGAGACACCAUGAGGAUGUGACCAUUGUUCUCAGCGGACUUCUGGAAAGCACCGAGUACGGCUACAUCUACUGCUUCGCAGAAGACGAUGAGCCGGAUGGUGCUGGAUCGGUGCCCAACAAGAUGAGCUUCGAUGUCGGUGUGGAUGCCUCGCAAGUGUCCAAACUGCAGGAGGCCUUGGGAAACGUCACCACCUUGGACGAGACGCCGCCCAGCUUCACGGAGCUCCUCAUCCAGGACCCCACCGCGUGGAACGACCGGAUCGAGGUCACCUUCGCCCUCAACGAGCCGGGCACGGCCUACUGCCGCGCCACGCGCUCCGACUCCGGAGAGGUGGAGGAGGACAUGUACAUUGGAUGGAUCCAGACAGCCCAGUGGUCCAGCGCACACGAUGGAUCGGCUGCGCCAUCCAGCAUCGUGAUCACCGCGCUGGAGAACAGCGAUGACUCGGCUCGGUUGAACGCGCCCAUCCAGGAGGCUCACCAGUACGACGUCUACUGCUGGGCAUUGGACAACGCAGUGGACACGGCGGGAUUUCCACGAGCCAACCUCAUGCAGCAGAGCUACGUUGUCACGGAGAGCAACUCCACAAGCAGCCCUUUGGGAGGCAAGACGAAAGGAGUUUGGGUCGUAGACACAACUCCUCCGACCAUGAUCCUCGUCCAUGCCGAGGCCAUCUCAGCAGUGGAGCUCCAGGUGAUCCUGCAGCUGGACGAGCCAGGGACUGUUUGGUGUCAGCCCAGUGAUAUGGCUGGCAUAGCCACACAAUGCCAAAGCACGGACAUCCAGAACGAAUCCGCCAGUGCUGACUGCUAUUGGCUAAACUUUAUUCAAGGCAACAACUUCAGGGCCGAGGUCCAUGAAGCCUUUGUGGAUUACUCGAUCAAUAUGAAUCUGUUGUAUCCCAUUGGCAGCAAUGCAUCGGAAGCUCUCACCUCAGAGUCCCAGUACGAAGUCUUUUGCUAUGCCGAAGAUGACUGGAGCGACCAGGCGAAUGGUGCGCCGCUGAGCUCGGUGAACUUCGUCACGCAGAGCCUGCGGAAUGCGGUGAGCUUUGCAGAUGCCAACGUCGUGAGGACUUCGAUCGGAGUGCAACGAACCUUGGACACCUCUCCGCCCAGCUUCACCAUGCUGGCGAUCGAAGAUCCCACUGUGGCCAACGACAGGAUCGUGGUGACCUUCACUUUGAAUGAACCUGGUACAGCCUACUGUCGUCCCACUCGCUCCGACUCCGGGCAAACCGCGGCCGACAUGACGCUGCACCGGAUCCUGAGCGCCGGCUGGUUCGCGGGUCAUGAUGGUGGAACAUCCGCCAGCAGCAUCACAAUCUCGAAGUUGGAGAAUGCAGUGGAAGCAGUGCCCAUCUAUGAAGCUUCACAGUAUGACAUAUACUGCGCGGCCAAAGAUACUGCGGUGGAUUCAAAGGGCUUUGCGAUCCCGAAUUGGAUGUCCUUCAGCUACAUCGCGAAUGCGAUCGGUUCUCCGAGUACACCAUCUGGUGGCUUCACCUCGAACGUUUGGGUGGUGGAUUCCACUCCACCGGAGCUUAUUUUGGUGGACGUCUUUGCACCCAGUGAGUCUUCUCUUCAGAUUCGCUUGCAGCUGAAUGAGCCGGGCACAGUGUGGUGUGCUCCUGUCGAGGUGGAGAACUCCACGUUUUGCACGUUCGAGGACAUCUCCAACGUCUCGGGCUCUCCUUGUGACUACGAGAGCUUCAUCCAAGGUGAUGCGAUGCUACAGGCCGUCUUCUAUGCAGAGGUGUCAGAAGCUCACAAAGAUGUGGACAUCAAGAUGGACCGCAUCAUGACUCGCGACGGACAACAAAGCUACCCCUUGGAGCAUCAGCACCAGUACUGGAUCUUUUGCUUUGCGGAGGAUGACUGGCCUCUCCAGGCGGCCGCUGGAAUGAACUCCUCGAACUUUGUCGCACCAGCAGAGGCCAACAGGAUCUCCUUGAGAACUGCUCAAGACUUUGCCAACUUGACUGGCUUGAUCACUACUUUGGACCAGAGCCCUCCUAGCUUCAGCUUCUUACACAUCGAGGACCCCACCGUGGCCAACGAUCGCCUCCACGUGAUCUUCGCGCUCAACGAGCCGGGCACUGCCUACUGUCGGGCCGUGCGGUUGGACAGCGGGGAGACGCCCGCGGACAUGAGCAUCACACGGAUUUUGACGGCGCAAUGGAUGGCCAGCAAUGAUGGGAUGAGCAACUCCAGCAUCGAAAUCACGCAGUUGGAGAAUGUAGAUCCCAGGUUGACGGGCCGAGACGACCAGGUGGUACCGAUCGUCGAGGCCACGCAGUACGAUGUGUAUUGCUGGGCACAGGAUACAGCUGUGGACAGCUAUGGAUAUCCAAAGUCCAACUACAUGGACAUCGAGUAUGUCAGAACCGAUGUGCAGUCUUCCACCGAGCCGCAGGGUGGUCGAAGCCCAGGACGGCGUUCCAGCUCCGGAAGGUCUACGAAGCGGGUCGAGGUGCCAGAGGGUCUGAUCUCCGGCAGCCGAGCUGGCCGACGCAAGGAUGACACGUUCGAUUUGCUCAUCCAAGAAGAGGGUGCUGCCCUCAAUCAGCUCUUCUCCGGCAAGCCGGAUCUAUCAGUGGAGGAGCACCUCCAAUUCUUUGUUUCUGCCCUCAAGACGGUGUGCAUGCGCACCAGCGUGGAGUACUUGCCCUAUUUGAUGACUGAAGAUCGCGACUUGCCCGUGUUUCGACGGGCCAUGACUUACACGGCCUACGAUGAAGCCCUGGUCCGGACGCAGGCGCGCAGCGCCCAGCUCUGGUUUUACCCAAAGCUCAAGCAGAACCAGGAGCUGCUGUGCAUUGCCUUGGACAUUGCAAGAUCAGAGCUGCCAACGCCCCUGUGCACCUUGUUGCGGAAGAAUUGGGGGACGAUGGCCCAAGCGGCAAGCAAGCGUAAUGAUGCACUCUUCCGUGUUGGGGCGGAAUGUGAAGAGGAUGUCUGGGAGUUCCUCGGUGAACUUCUUUCCUUGGAGCUGCCAGAGAUGGCCGAAUUGAUCUCAGGGAUUGUCGUUGGAAGUGUCGUGGGCGGCUUGAGCAAUUUGACUUCAAGAAAUGCCUCUGGCGCAAACCACUGGAGCAUGCAUUUUCCGAACGGAGAGACUGACGCGCGGCCGAUGAUGAUUAUCCCAUCGCCCAGUGCUUUCAGUCCAUCUCCUAAAAGCUACACCACGUCCACAGCAUCAUUUUCACAGGACCAGCCCUGCCAGAUCGCUACAUUUACUGCUUCUGGACUUGCAGGUGCCACAAAGGCCGACAUUUUUGCAGCCCCUCAGAUCUCCAGCGACCUCUCUAUGGCCCUGACGUUGCGAACAUUGGCCAUUUACGCAAGAACCCUACGACGGCUAGGUAUUGGUUGCGCACUGAUGCCGGUCGUUGAGCUCCUCCUUUUACCAAGCACGCCGUCCACAGUGAUUUGCGCAAUGGAGCAGCUUGGUGGAGGCUGCGUCACUGAGGAGGGCGCCGCGUUCGCGGAGGAGUUCGCGGCUCGGGCCAUGGAGGAUUUGGCUUUGAAACCACGAAUCGACGAGGAGCUCUCCGAGGAGGAGAAGGAGGUUCUUUUAGAGCAAGCCAAGAAGCGGCGUGAUGAGUAUUGGCAGAAGGAGUUGCGCACUGCUGCGAUGACAGGGUGCAACAUGGUGCCCAAUCCCUUUCGGGAGGCCUUUCUGGCCAUGCUGGAUGUCACAGCUGGUGUGUCAGAUUCGCUCACGUUCGGAGCUAGCUGCAACAUCAAUUCUGUCCAGUCUGCUGACGGAAAAACGGCUGCCACCUUCUUGAUGUCGGAGCUGAAGCUCGCGUACCCAGGGCUUUUGGAGGAUACCAAGCUCCUGGUUCACGAGGUGCCGGUCAUGAUUGUUGAAGAGCCAGAGGUCGUACCUCCGGGUCCGAUCUCCACGAUCGCAGAAGGAGUUUGGGUGGUGGAUACCACGCCUCCCAGCAUGACCCUGGUGCGGGCAGAAGGCAUCUCCGGGGACACGCUGCAAGUGACCUUGCAACUGGAUGAGCCUGGAACCGUCUGGUGUGCAGCGGUCCAAAUGGGCUCCGACCCCAUCUAUUGCCUCCCUGGCACUGUAGCCUCUGGUGGCAGCUUCUCAGCCUCGGCCGGCCUUUGCGAGUACGAGACCCUGAUCAAGGCCUUUUCCUCGGUGCAAGUGGAGGUGAGCCGGAUCCUUCGCAAGGAUCUCUCUGCUGCCGAUGCCUUGACCUCCGAAACGGCCUACCACGUCUAUUGCUUCGCAGAGGACGACUGGCCCUCCGACGCCCAAGGGGCGGCCAGGCAGUACAUUCUCUUCGCCCACCACUUUGGACGUGUCGCCACCCAGCUUCACGACCCAACAGCUCUGAACACUCAGAUUGAGGUGGUUUUCGCCUUGAACGAGGCUGGUACGGCAUACUGUCGACCACUGCGGAGUGAUAGUGCAGAGGCUGCCAAAGCCAUGGACCUCAAUGUCAUUAUCAGCGCUGGCUGGUCUGCCAGACAUGAUCCUCUCACCAGUGAGAACAGCAGCAUCAUCAUGACGGGCACACGGCCUCUACAUGCUCAGGAGCUGGAUGAGGCCAAGCAGUAUGACGUCUAUUGCUGGGCUCAGGAUGAGGCGAAGACCAACUUCGGGUAUCCCCGCCCGCAGUACAUGACGCAGGCCUAUGUCGGCCUGCACCUCAGUCGGCGCGGCCCGACGCGGCCCGACGGCGACCGCGGUGGACGACGCGGCCGACGUCUGAGGCUCGGACGUGGGAGUCGUGAACGCUCCGAGCGGAGGGAAGACCAGCAAGGCCGGAUCGGCUCCAACCUGUGCAGCAAAGGUUCGGGCCGAAGAAAUGCCAAGCUCGAGCCGAAAAUGCCAGGAAAGUUCCGAAAGGGCUCCAAAGUCUGGGUUGUGGACUCCACUGCUCCACGGAUGCUCUUCGCAGCGUGGGAUGCGAUUCGAGAUGAGGAGACCCUCCAAGUGACGCUGCAGCUGGAUGAGCCUGGCACGGUCUGGUGCCAAGCUGCUUUGAACGUCUCCACCAGCGGCUUCUGCGCCGAGACGGAGCUUCAAGAUAGUGAUCCUCAAGCGGAUUGCUACUAUGAAAGCUACAUCAAAGGGAACUCCACCGCAGUCUUCCGCAAGGAGGUGCCGGAAGCUUUCCGGGACGUGGAGGUGGAGGUGAACCGAUUGCCCUCACGAGACGGAUCCUUUGCUCCAGUACCGUUGGAGCCCAAGACAGGCUACAAGAUCGUUUGCUUUGCUGAAGACGAUUGGGUCGAGGAGGCUCAGAGCGGUUCGAUCAACUUCGUGGCUCCGCUGGUGGCCAACAAGGCUUUCAUGAAUGACUCUGCUUGGCACAAGACCAUGCAGGUGGAGUAUUGUGAUCUGAGUAUGGUGAUUUGGAGUACGGAGAUCCUGGCAAGGAGAUGUGGGUAUAGGAAGCUGAUUGUACCCUUUCGCCUCAAGGAUGUCAUCAUGGUCUCCGUCUCCUUGGAUGAAGCGGGCACCGUGUGGUGUCGAGCCUUGCGGAAGAACUCUCGAAGUGCAUACGAGGCACCGGAAAUCGUGGCCACCGGCUUUCUGGUCGAAGUGCAAUCCGGCUCAGUGGACCAGGUGAACAUCACUGCUGAGAAUGUGAAGGGGGAUGCUCUGGCAAGAGGUACCGACUAUGAGGUCUAUUGCUUUGCAAGAGAUGUCCUUUGCCUCGGUUGCGAUGCUCCCUCUGGAUCCAGCACACAGGCCAUCCAGGCUUCACGGACCUUCGUGCGCACGGCCGACGCCACUCCACCACGGAUCUAUGUCAUGUACGCCGAGUCCAUCAGCCACGACACCAUCCAGUUGACCCUCCAAAUGGACGAGGGCUCCAAGUUGUGGUGUGGGGUGGAGUCCUCAGACCCCACCGGCAUGUCCACAGACUUCGAGUCGCUCAUCAAAGAGGCGAACUGCAGCGAGAGCCGUGCAGCGAGGCCCUGUGGCAGCUUUUGGAUCUACGACUUGGACGAUGUCGAGGACACCGCUUUGGAUGGUGUAUCCAGCCUCUCAGACUAUGCGGACGCCUAUCGGAUUGGCCAUGAUGUUCAACUCUCCAUCACGGGGCUCAAGGAAAAGACUGACUAUGCUUACAUCUACUGCUUCGCGGAGGAUGAUGAAACAGAUGGCAGCCUGGGUUCCUCGCCCAACAAGAUGUCCUUCGACGCGACGUCGGCAGCGACGACCGACGCCCGGAGCCUGGUCGCCAGCGUGUCCACGGCCAUCGGCGCCGUGCAGACGCUGGACGAGACGCCGCCCAGCUUCACGGAGCUCUCCGUGGUGGAUCCCACUGCAUCCGAAGGAGUCAUCGUGGUGAGUUUUGCAUUGAAUGAGCCGGGGACGGCGUAUUGUCGUGCCACGAGGUCGGACUCCGGAGAGACCGGCAGCGAGAUGCAUCCGAACCGGAUCAUCGCCGCCGGCUGGUCCGCGGCACAGGGAGGCCCUGGAUUCCCGACGGCUAACAUCAGCCUGACGCAGCUCCGCAGCGAUGUGCCCUACGACGUGCAGCCGGUGGAGAUCUACUCAUCCACGCAGUAUGACGUUUAUUGUUGGGCAAAGGAUGACGCCACCACCACUGCUGGCUUUGAUCGCCGGAACUACAUGUCACAGAGCUACGUCAGCACCGCAGUAGGAGAUCCCAUGCUACCCCUGGGAGGAGCAACACUUGGUGUGUGGGUUGAUGACAGCACACCACCUACAAUGCGCUUCAUAUCGGCUGAAGCCAUCUCGCGCGAUACCAUCCAAGUGACGCUGCAACUGGAUGAGCCUGGCACCAUCUGGUGUGCGGCGGCUGAGCUGGAUUCGAGCUCCGAGUUGCAGAACUGCCGAGAGAGCGAGGUGCAGGACACCGAGCCCAACGAUGCGAUCACGCCGUGCUACUAUGAGACCUUCAUCAAGGGCAGCUCCAGUGAAAACGUGGUCUUCAGCCAUGAAGUACACGACGCUUUCAGAGAUGUUGACAUUGAAGUGAACAGGAUCUGGCAGCGCGACCGAAAUGGCAGCAGCACGCUGCUGCCUGAAACAUCAUACCGAAUCUUCUGCUUUGCAGAGGAUAACUGGGUGUUGAAGACCACCGCCUCAGUGGUGAGUCCCAACUUCGUGGCGCCGAGUUUACCCAACAAGUCGCCUUUUUCACAGGUCCAGGAGCUGACAGCAGCAAUUGGCACCCGGACGACGCUGGACGAAGAUCCUCCAAGCUUCACCUCACUGACCAUCCCGAACCCAACGGCCUCCAACGAUCGUAUCCUGGUGAUCUUUGCACUCAACGAGCCGGGCACUGCCUACUGCCGCGCCCGCCGGGUGGACGUGGAGCCGGGAGAAAGCAUGCACAUCCCGGACAUUCUGGCGGCCGGAUGGCGGCACGAUGUCUUUUGGUUUGUGUUCAACAACUGGGGAGACCGAGACGCGGCCGCGCGGAUUGAAGCCUUCAAGCUUUGUCAAGACGUGGAGGCGAACUUUGGUCUCCCAAACAACAGUCAACCAUGCUGUCGGUCAGACGAAGACUUCGAACAGCUCUUUGCCGGGCGGAAAGACUUCAGGACAGGGGAUCAGAGCUCUGAUGCGGUGCGCCUGCAGCUGGACGAGCCUGGCACCGUCUGGUGUGCCGCGACAGAGGUGCUGUCAGGCACUGUGAACUGCCAAGACAGCGAGCUACAAGAGAACAAUCCAUUGGCAGCCUGCUACUUCCAGGACUACAUCAAAGGCAAUCUGAGUUCCAGCUUCCAAGUGGAGGUGCACGAGGCUUUUCAGGAUGUUGACGUCGAGGUCAACAGGAUCUUGCAGAAAGAUAUGGCUGGCGAUGCCCCGUUAGAGUUGCAGACGACUUACCAAGUCUUUUGCUAUGCAGAAGAUGAUUGGAAGAUCCAGGCGGACAGUGCAAGCAACUCUGCGGACUAUGUGUCUCCAGCAGGUCCACAGGGUAGCAGCCUGCAAUCCGUCCAGUCUUUCGCGCAAAGCAUGGGACAGUUGUCCACAUUGGACGAGGCGCCUCCCAGCUUCACCGUCCUUGAGAUUCAGGACCCCACCGCAGCCGAAGGCAUCCUGGUGAUUUCCUUCGCGCUCAACGAGGUUGGGACCGCAUAUUGCAGGGUCACGCGAAGUGAUUCUGGUGAGACGGCGGCUGACAUGCAGAUCAACAGGGUUUUGACGGCCAACUGGAACGCAGUCUACGACGGAAGCAGCAACGCGACGAUUACCAUGAACAACUUGGAGAACGUCAAUCCGCUUCUCACGAAUCGAGAAGACGAGGUAGCACCCCUGGUUCCAGGGCAGCAGUACGAUGUGUAUUGUUGGGGAAAGGACUCAGCGAACACGACCUUCGGGUACUCACGACCGAACUAUAUGACCUCGGCCUAUGUGAGCACGGCCGUGACGUCGCCCACAGCGCCACUGGGGGGAUACACCAAAGGCGUUUGGAUUGCUGAUACGACGCCGCCCAGCAUGCUCUUGACCUCCUUGGAUGCGCUCUCUGAUACGCAAAUCCUGGUGACCUUACAGCUCGACGAGCCGGGCACCGUCUGGUGUGCUGCAACGGUACCUGACAGUGGCUCCUCCUCCUAUUGCCGCCCCAGCGACCUACAGGACACCGACAACACGGCGCAGUGUUACUACGAGGAUUACAUCAAAGGUUCGGUGGCGCAGGGAACCCGCUUUGAGACACAAGUGCCACAGGCUUAUGUGGAUGUUUAUGUGGAGGUGAACCGCAUCGCGCUGGCGACCGGCACCGGGUCGCCACUCCCUGCGGAGACGCAGUUCGUGAUGCUGUGUUUUGCCCAAGACAAUUGGGACCUCCGUACCCAAGCGGCCUACGCGAAUGGUGAUGGCUCACCGAACUUUGUAGCUCCUCUGCCAAACAAGGUCACCCUGGCGGAGGUGAACAGUUUCAUCGCAGCCACCGUGGCCUCGGGACAAUCGGCCCUGACGUUGGACCUGACUGCGCCAACGGCGACCGCGCGGUCCCUCUACGCACCAACCAGCUCCGAAUCGAGCUUGGAAGUGCUCUUCUCCGUGGACGAGGCUUCUACGCUCUACUGUUUGGCGGUGUUCAGUGGCGAAGCUACACCACACGUGAGCACCGUGGCCAUCGAAGGGCAAUCGCAAAACUGUCCGGGAUACUCGGUGAUCGGUGGUGUGGGGACUGGCAGCGAUCGGUCUUCGUCACGUCGACACGCAUCAGACUCUGUGAGCUUGCGGGUACCGAACCGGAACGUCCUGCCGCUCCUCACGGCGCAAGUGAACGACCUGACGCCGCCGCAGCUCUCGGUGGUGCGCGCCAGCGCCGCGGAGCCGAAUCAGAUCACCGUGCAGGGCGGCCCAGGUGGAGAAUUGGUAUUUACUCAUGGUGCGGCCUCUAAGACGCUGGUGGGUGACAUGGACGUCAACAAGAACUUUGAGGAGACGGCCUACGAAACCUACUGCGGCGCCGAGGACCGCGCGACGAAUCCCGACUGCACCGGCUGCACGGUGCCGAACGUCAAUACGCUCACUGAAAUGGGAGCAGUGAGGGAUUCCAUCGGUCAGAUCAUCACUCGUGACGUCGACGCACCAAUCUUCGAUGUCUUGGGAGUUCGAGGCGUCAGCGAUAGUAUGCUGACGGUCACCCUGCAACUCAACGAGCCGGGGACGGCCUACUGCGUGGCGCUCAGUCGCGGUCAAGCAUGGCGGUGCGAAAAGGGCUCGUCCACCUCAUCCAUCGACAUCAACAAGCUUCGCAAUCAUGUGGAUGAGCCACUCUUGACGGAGGGCACGGCCUACGAUGUCUACUGCUGGGCCAAGGUCGGCGCGCAUGGCGGAAGAAAUGAACAUGCUGGAGAUAUCCGGAUGUUGGAUGGUGGGUCUGAACUUUGGGAGUUGAUCCAGAUGUCAUUGUCUCGUUUGCAAGGCUUCUUCGCACGUGUUGACGCGGGUACUUCGAUGCACUUCGACGAUCGUUCAUUGUACUUCACCGAUCGAGCAAUUUAUGACGUCCAGAGCUACGUGGAGACCCGCUUCGCGGAGCUGGUGCAUGCACCAGAUCUCGCUAGCGUGGCCAAUGGUGGCCUGGUGGACAUGGUUCGGACCUGGGACAUCACGCCACCAGUCUUGGCGGUCAUUGAGGUGGAGAGUCGCAGCGAGGACGGAGACUCCAUCACUGUGACCUUGCAGCUGGACGAGCCGGGCACUGCGUAUUGUUCCUUGGGCCAAUGA